GUGACGCAACCGACAGCGGCAGCGAGUUUCCGGUCUUUUGUAGCCAGUCAAGUUAACUCACUAGGUGGCAGCGGUCAGGCUAGUCUUGGCACAAGCUUCGAGGUUGCAGCCAUGCCAAGUCUAAAGCUGAUAUCUGCAACUGACACACAGUAUUCAGCAGCUGUCCUGAAGUCCCUGAAUGAGCAACGAAAUCAUGGAUUGUUUUGUGAUGUCACCAUCAUCAUACAGGACAAGAAAUUCAGAGCUCACAAAACAAUCCUGUCUGCAUCAAGUACAUAUUUCCAUCAGCUUUUCAGUGUCGCUGGACAAGUGAUCGAGUUGAACUUCAUCAGGCCAGAGAUUUUUGAGCAGAUCCUCAACUAUAUUUACAGCUCCAAGAUUGUCCGUGUCCGUUCUGACAUGCUUGAGGAACUCAUAAAUGCUGGACAGGUACUAGGAGUGAAGUUCAUUGCAAACUUGGGUUCACCAUUAUCACACGUUAAAGGUCUUCCUGGUUUGUCUAUGGAGCCAGAAAACAAAAGUGACACAUCCACAGAGAUAAUGCCAAUCAUCACAGAGUCCUUCUCCAUUUCUGCAGAGGAAUUCAACCAGACAAACAAAUCUGUGGGCAUUGAUGAGGACUCAGACGGUGAUGUUGUGUUUGUCUCAUACACAGAUGCUCAGUCCCGAGCUGCUAGCCAGAAAGCCAACCCUAGUGAAGUCAUUGAUUUGGACAAAGUGGAUUCAGGAAAUGCUGCAUCAGAGCAAAAUGUAGAAACAAAUCAUGCAGCCUCAACAAAUGAAAAAAAAGCAUCAACACCUACAGCAACUAAUACUUCAAAGCCUCCCAGCGCAAGUUGUACUAACCCCAGUGUGUCGGUCAGCAGCCCUCUGCGCAGUCCUGACAGUAGUUCCAAUAACUCGCCUUCCCUUUCUAGAGUUUCCUCAGGUAGUGUUGCAACAAUACCAGCUAGAUCAAGCAGUUUCACCCCUGAGCCACAGAGUGUCUCCCAGUCCUCUGAAAGCAGUGAUCAAGUGGGAGUUCACAAGAAGCAUGUUUCUACUUCAACUCAGCAAGGAGAUUUUAAAAUAAGGCUCAUAGAUGUGUCUGAAAUAUCAGCUGUAAAUCCUAACAUUCCCAACCAAACUGUUGCAGCAAAAAAGACUGUGACACUCAAUACAGCCACAGAAAUAGAUUCAAUUUCAUCAGGCUGUAAAGUGUAUGCCAAUAUUGGGGAAGAUACUUAUGAUAUUGUCCCAGUAAAGGAAGAUCCAGGAGAAGGUGGCUCCAAAGCCAAUAAAGGAAAGAGAUCUUUGAUGGCUACACCUUUGAAAACGUUUGAUAAAGCACCUUUGUCACCAACGGCUGGACCAACCAAGAAGAGAACUAAAACAGAGCUUGAGGAUCACUAUGAGCUGAUCAUGGAUGGAAAGACUUUCUACGUGUGCAUCGUAUGUAAGCGCCCCUAUGUGUGUCUGACGAGUCUCCGCCGUCAUUUCAACACUCACUCAUGGGAAAAGAAGUACCCUUGCCGCUAUUGUGACAAGGUGUUUGCCUUGGCUGAAUACAGAACUAAACAUGAAAUUCACCACACGGGAGAGAGAAGGUACCAGUGCUUGCUGUGCAAUAAAAUGUUCAUAAAUUACCAGUUACUCUCGACUCACUGCAAGCAAGUCCACAAUCAGGAUCCUAGUGGGAGAAAGGAGAAGGAUGAUGGUAGCAACAAUUUAUACCGCCUGUUGCCGUGCAAAACUGUUCAAAUGAAAUCAUACUCAUGGGUUAAUGAUGGGCCAGGGGUUCCUGUCAUAUCCGAGGAUGGCAGCAUUCAUCAUAUAACAGACGACGAUGUCCACUCUUCUACACAAAGCAAGAUGUUGAACUGGGACGACAUCUUCGUCGAGCCUGAUGCUCCCAAUGCUCGUAUGCCACCUGACACCCAGAUGCAACCAGGGUCAACCAUAAACUCUCCUCCACAGGGAACCACAGAGUUUGAGUAUAUUACACCAGACAGCUACUGAGUAACACUCACUGGUCAUCAUUUCCUGUGCCUUUUAGGUGCCCCUUUCUUUUAUCCUCUUCAUUUUAAUAUCAUCAACCGUUUAGUGUUUUUAUUGAUGAUGUUGGCUAAAGGUAUGGCUGCAUUUGCUUUUAAGUUAAGUGAGGUUAGUGGUGUAGUUUGGUAGAAAUAGCAAAUUGGUAAUAAUGCACUUAAGAUUACUGUUGGGUCUGUGUAGUUGAAGUUGUUCAAAGGCUUUGGACUGAGAAGCCAGCUGUAGACAGCACCGGGAUAAGAAAAAAAAUCAUUGGAGAUUAUCAGUCAUUUGGCUUUAUUGAAAAUUAGAAUAAGUUGGAGCAAAUAGUUGCAGGUUGGUAGUGUAAAGGCUGUUACUUACUCUGCGAGAAGCAAGAACUUUUUUCUUGUUCUUGAAGGGACAGUUCUCUUUCUUCUUGUGGGGCUCAGAGAGGUAUCGUGUGAUUGGUCAGACAUUUGAGGUGGGUGUUGUUAACGCGGAAAGGAUAAAGCGGAAAGUUGUGGUUUCCUCAUUUCCCCUGAUGCAAGGCUGAAUGGAUAGUUUUAAUGAACAGCUGGUCGAGGUGGUGAGAAAGAAACAACCCAGUCAGCUGCUCAUUAUAAAAACACGAACAUCCCCUUGCAGUUAUCUCUGCCCCGUCGCAGACGCAACUUCUCGUGUCUAAAUUGACUUGACCAGUAUGACCUUUUUUCUUGUUCUUGAACAAAGUUCUCGCUUCUUGCAGAGUAACUAACAAGCUUUAAGCAACACAACUGUACCUUUGCUCGCUCGUAGUCCUCUGCCUUUGUAAUAACCUUGAUCUACUACACUAUAUAUAUAUAUAUAUAUAUAUAUAUAUAUAUAUAUAUAUAUAUAUAUAUAUAAAAUCUGAAAUGAAUAAAAGCACAACUAAAUUAAUUUAGAAAAACUUUCUGACUUUGUAUUCUCAAUUUUACAUGGAAGUAAACGCUGAUGCAUGGAUUCUGUGUUUUUACGUUUUGUAAAAUCAUGAAAGUUGAUGUCAUUGAUCAAAUGUUCACACGCAAGUCAAAAACACAGAAACUAUUGGUUUGCUUAGGCUGGUGUUGUAAUCAAAAUACAUUAGGAAGUCAUGAGUUUUGCAGGGGUAUUUCUUAGAAAAAAUUUCUGAAGUACAAAGCACCACAUUACAGUGAGACAUUUUAUAUCAUCUGUCAUCUCCUCGUUUUUGACAUUAAUGUCACAGCCUAAAAUAUUUAGACAUUAAGCCGUCAAACGAAGCCCAUUUCAUAAAAUGAAAAACGGGGUUGCCUAUUUUAGUAAUGUGAAACCUCAGUUGAGGUUUUUCUGCAUGUAACCAGGUGACCUUUCUUUUAGUCUGGUCUGAAUAUAUAAUAAUAUAUAUUAAAUAAGCUUGCUCAGAUGUUAUGUCCACUAUCAAUACAAUCCUAAAUCUCUGGUUCUGAAAAUUAGAUGCAAAACUUGUCAGACUAUGUUUCAGUCUUAAUUUUGUUUUAGGAAUGUUGUAAAAAAAAGUAUAUUUUUCAUUAUGUGCUUGCUACCACAUCUGGACUUUGUGGCAGAAAGGUUGUACAGUUAUUACAUUUUUUUCAUAAGCUUGAACAACUGUAGUUGUCUUCUUGAGUUGAACACCAAUACAGUGUAAGCUAGAAAUUUUAAUACAAAUGUAAUUUUCUACAUCAGAAGUUAGAGAUUGCUUAGUGUAGGUAAAAUUAUAGCUAACAUGGGAUCCAGACUGUCAUGUUAACGAUUUAAAUAAUACAGAUUUUGUUUUUCAAUAAACUGAUUUACAACCGUG